AACCCUAAAAAACCCUAAGAAUCCCAUCCACGCCUCAUCUCGUGCCUCUUUUGAAGAUCCGCCGGAAUCAUCGUCGCCGUCGUGUUCGUCUCCGAGCGCUGAGCUGAUUCCCAGGUGGGUACCCCAAUGCGAUCUUGUUUGCAUCGCCGAUGAAUCGCUAGGACAAGAGAUGAUCGAAGUAGCUUUUUCAGCUCGGAUUGCGGUGAUUUGAUUUGCUCCGAAUCUUGACGAGGAGGAGGCAUUGUAUUGAAAGGGGGACAAGAGGAAGCUUGUACGAGAGUCGGGUUUUUUUUUUUUUUUUUUUUCUCUUGGGGUUUUAUGUCGGAGAUGGAAGAGAACGACUCCGAUGCUCCGGAGGAGCUCACGGUUGAACAGGGUUUUCAUCAGGACGAGGAGUUAAGGAAGAUCCAGAAAGACAAUAAGGCCAGAGUUACUCGUGAAGGAAAAGAACGCCGAAGACUAUGGGCUCAGAGGAAAACACCUCGACCUUCUAAAAAGCCUAAAGAUGACCAAGAGAUUGCAGAAAAUGGAAUUGAGGAGGAUGGCAAUGAAUCUCCGGAGAGGAGGGGAAUGCUCCCAAACGAAAUCGUCAACCUGCUUGCUGCGCGUGAAAAACGAGUUUUCUCUUCAGACUCGGAGGAUGAACGGGCUGAAAUCAAGCCAGUUUCACGAAAGAAGAAAGUUAAAAGAUCAGGGUCAGGACCUAUUAUUUUGAAGGAGAUACCACCUCCUCAGUGCUUACAGAGUUCCUUGGAGUUCUUGAAGAAAAGGAAGAUGCAGGUUUCGAGGUCAUCCUCCGUUUUGAACAACCCAAACCAAGCCUUACGAUUUCUCUCUAAUUCCGGCGUGUUGAGCAAGAAAUGAAAUGCUCUCCAAUUUUGUUCUUUUUUGUCGGAAUAGAACCAGGGAGAACUCGUUGUGAUGAUAGGUUAUUGGAAAUUACCCUCGGUAUACUAUUUGUCGUGAUGAGGGCAUGGCAGAGAGAUUUGAUGGGAUAUGCUGUGUCAUAGUCGUUCCUUGACCCUCCUUGUUCCUCUCUUUCCAAAUUCUUAAAUGUUGG